AUACACUACUAUACAGUCCUCCACAUAACACCGUAUAGUAGGAGUACCGUCACGAUCAGAGCCGCGUUUUAUACCGCGGACACAUCUAGUUGUGCCGUGGCGAACCGACGGACGGACGUGCUCGUCCCGAUCACUCUUAUCGCCACUUUACUCUCGUCAACCGACCAGGGUCACUAGAUCACCAUGUUCGUCAAAUCGGAGUAAAAAUUUACACUAGUGUCUAAUAACUAAACCUCAGUUUGAAUAGAAAAAAAAAAAAAUUAUUUUUCAAAUUUAAAUUAAAAAUUAAAAAUCAUAAUUUAAAUAAAAAAAAAAAAAGACGUUAUCCACAACUGCCUCGAACUCUGACCCAACUGUCACUUGAUAAAAAAAAUUUUUUUAAAUUUAAUAACAACCAUGAAAAUUUUAUAAUUAUUAUUAAUUUGUUAAAAUUAACAUGUAAUUUUAUUUUUUAUUUUUUUUUAAAUUUAAAAAUUUUUUAAAAAAACUUUAAGACUGACUGUUAAAUAAUGAUAAUAAAAUAAUUAAUUAUAUGAUAUGAGUAAUGAGUAAUGAGAGUGAUGAUAAUAAUAUAGACUUUGAAGUUAAUAUUAAUUAAUCAAAAAAAAAUAGUAAUAAUAAGAGUGAUAGUUACAAAAGCUAGGAGAGUUUAAAAGUAUUUAUUAUUAUUUUUUUGUUAUGAUCUAUUGUCAGUGCGAGACAAGUGUGGGGUCUAAUUAUAUUAAUAAUACUGAUAAUAAUAAUAAUAAUAUAAAGCAAACGAGAUGAGGAUGCACUCGUUUUUAGUUUGCUCGGUAUUUAUUAUUACGUUAUUUUAUGUGAAUGAGAGUUAUUGUGUUUAUAUAAAUAAUAAUAAUAAUACUAAUAAUGAUAAUGAUAAGGGCAAUGAUAAUCGGACAGAAAUAGAUUAUAGCUAUGAUGGGCUGAGACAAAGAAAUUCAAAACAAAGACACCGGUUUACGAUUGACGAGCUGUUGAAUACUAAAUUUUCAAAUUAUAUAUCGGGUGAUAUCGACCUGGAUAUUUGUAAAGCAGGGGGAUUCGUAAAAGACAUCGCACUGCCAAAUGUUGAGUAUGAAACGGAAUGGCGUCAACAAAAAUUGAAUAAAACUUUUUUAGAAGAAUUGGAAAAGUAUCAAGAUGAAGUACUUAAAGAAGGAUUACAAGUUGAAGAAGAAGGUCUUACUGAAAUCCUACAAUUUCAAAAUGGCAAAGAUAAGGAAACUGAAGAACCAGAAUCGGUUUUUUCGUUGGAAAAAACAGAACCCGUCGCUGCAGAACGCAAUCAAUAUAACACAGGCUCAGAUCCAUCGGAUUUCAAAUUUAAAAAAUAUGACAAAGAUAUCAAAAAUCCAAACCUAAAUUUCAGGUUGGACAUGGAAGAAAAAUCCAAAGAUCGGACACCAAAAAUGUCUUCAGUAUCAAAAAAUCCCCGGGUACGUCACUCACACCACAGCUCUCAUGAAUCAACUACCAAAGAUCCAUUUUCGGUGAUAACUCUCGAGGAGAGUGACAUGGAGUCGAAAAAACGUUUACGUCGUCACCACCGUCGCAGACCAAGUAGGAGACGUCACCAUUAUCGGCGAGUGAAAAAUCUAGUCCCGCGAGAUUUGACUGACCAAGAUGACAAUAAUAAUAGUAAUAAUAAUAAUAAUAAUGAUAAUAAUAAUAAUAAUGACAAUAAUAAUAGUGAGGACGAUGAAGACGUGUCAGUUCACAAUCGUCGUCUACGUGAUAUCGAAUUCUACAACGAGCACAAAACGAAAUUCGAAGCACGGGAGCGUCGAGAAACGACGAGGACAGCGCCGGCGGAAGUCAAAAGCUCACAGCACAUUAGACGUCGCCGAGCAGCGACGGCACGUAAGGAGCGUGUGUGGGAUCACGGGGUUAUUCCUUACGAAAUAGAUGGUAAUUUCUCCGGCGCACACAAAGCCCUAUUCAAGCAAGCUAUGAGGCAUUGGGAGAAUUUUACGUGCGUUAAGUUCGUCGAGCGGGUCAGCCGGGAACAUCCUAAUUACAUUGUCUUUACUGAGAGACCUUGCGGAUGCUGCUCCUUCGUGGGAAAACGAGGUAAUGGACCGCAAGCCAUUAGUAUCGGUAAGAAUUGCGAUAAAUUUGGUAUCGUAGUUCAUGAAUUAGGUCAUGUAGUUGGAUUCUGGCAUGAGCACACGCGACCAGACCGCGAUCGUCACGUACAGAUCAUUAGGGAUAACAUCAUGGCCGGUCAGGAGUACAAUUUCAAUAAAUUAACAAACGAAGAAGUUGAUUCACUUGGUUUACCAUACGACUACGAUUCAAUAAUGCACUACGCAAAAAAUACAUUUUCAAAGGGAACAUAUCUUGAUACAAUACUGCCGAUUGAAAAUACUGGAAAAAAACGACCGGAAAUUGGUCAAAGGAUACGACUUAGCGAGGGAGAUAUCGCACAAACGAAUCUUCUAUACAAAUGCCCAAAAUGUGGGAGAACUUUUCAAGAUAAUAGCGGUACAUUUGGAUCAUCAACUCACCCUAAUAGCUCACCCUCGCUCGAGGGCGAACGUUGUGAAUGGCGCAUUACUGCGACACAUGGCGAACGAAUAGUUCUAAAUAUAACAUCACUGGAUAUUUACAAGAGCGAUUAUUGUAAAGCUGAUUAUCUGGAAAUUCGUGAUGGCUACUGGUACAAAAGCCCGGUUUUAGGGCGUUUUUGCGGCAGUGGAAAAAUUCAUGAGCCGAUAAUUUCGACAGGCAGCCGCAUGUUAGUAACUUACGUCCGAACAAGUCAAGAGAACGGUUACCGUGGUUUUGGAGCAAAUUAUGAAGCAGUUUGCGGUGGGGACGUUACUUUGGAGACAGUUGGACACUUGGAGUCACCAAACUAUCCCGAGGAAUAUCAAUCGAGUAAAGAAUGCGUGUGGCGACUUACAGUGCCCCAGGAUUACCAAGUUGCCUUAAAGUUUCAAUCAUUUGAAAUUGAGAAUCACGACAAUUGCGUUUAUGACUACGUCGAAGUUAGAGACGGCCAUACUCCCGAUUCACCGCUCAUUGGUCUUUAUUGUGGGUACAAAGCCCCGCCGGAUCUUCGUUCCACCGGUAACAAACUUUUUGUUAAGUUCGUUAGCGAUGGCUCUGUACAAAAGGCGGGAUUUUCUGCAACUGUCAUGAAAGAAUUCGACGAAUGCGCAAUGACUGACCAUGGCUGCGAGCACGAAUGCUUAAAUACACUGGGCGGUUACGAGUGUUCAUGUAAAAUUGGUUAUGAACUUCAUUCCGAUGGAAAACAUUGUGAAGACGCCUGCGGCGGAAUUUUCGAUGCAAGCAACGGAACAAUAACGAGCCCCUCGUUCCCAGAGAGUUAUCCGGGCAACAAAAAUUGCAUUUGGGAAAUAAUAGCUCCCCUGCAUUACAGAAUAACCUUAAACUUCACCCACUUUGACUUGGAAGGCAACAGAAUGUAUCAGCAAGAGUGCGAUUACGACUUCGUUGAAGUUUCCAGCAAAUUGGGCGACGAUAUUCUAAAGAAACAUGGAAUUUUUUGUGGUUCAAAAAUUCCCACGCCCAUUAUUUCAGAAGGCAAUGCUAUGAGAAUUGUCUUUACGUCUGAUAAAAACAUCCAAAAAUCGGGAUUUGCUGCAGUAUUUUUUACUGACAUGGAUGAGUGCGCGAACAACAAUGGCGGGUGUCAGCACGAGUGUCACAAUACUAUUGGCUCGUACGAGUGUUCAUGCCACAAUGGUUUCAAAUUACAAGAUAACGGCCAUGAUUGCAAAGAAGGAGGUUGUAAAUAUGAAAUAGUUAAUCCUGUUGGUUCAAUAACAUCGCCGAAUUAUCCGGAUUAUUAUCCCUCACGCAGAGACUGUGUUUGGCAUUUCACAACGACACCUGGUCAUCGUAUUAAAUUAAUGUUCAAAGUUUUCGAAAUGGAAUCACACCAAGAGUGCGCUUACGACUAUAUCGCGAUCUAUGACGGCGACUCAUCAGAUAGUCACACUCUCGGAAGAUUUUGCGGAACGAAAAUACCUCAUCCGAUAAUUGCGACAAGUAAUCAAAUGUUCAUGCUGUUCAAAAGCGAUUUGUCAGUACAAAGAAAAGGAUUUUUAGCUUCUCAUACCACAGCAUGCGGAGGACAUCUGAUGGCGACAAGUGAAGUUAAAUAUAUUUACUCACAUGUAAGAUACGGGACACAUAAUUAUGAUCACCGUACAGACUGUGAUUGGACUAUUGAAGCCCCGAUCGGUAAAAAUGUUCAUCUAUCGUUUCUAUCAUUUCAAUUGGAGUAUGAAGAAGAUUGUGCGUAUGAUUUCGUAGAAAUUUAUUCAGGGUUGGAUGCUUCUAGUCCCAGUUAUGGAAAAUUCUGUGACUCGAAUGUAACCGAAAUAAUAUCAAUGAACGAAGCGCUGUUGGUAAGAUUCCGUUCGGAUGAUACGGUAUCAAACAAAGGAUUUUCAGCAGCCUACGUCGCAGUUGACCGUCAAGACAGCGACGAAAACCUUGGUGGGAUUGACGAAGAAGAUAAUUUCUGAUCUUUAAUGGGGCUCGGGAAUUCCCUAGAGCCUCGAGAACGCGACAAUAGCGCCGGGCGUUUUUUAACGACUCGUCGGCGCAUAAAAACUACUCGCCAAUUGCCGUCAGUUACUUAUCAACGGCGCGCUUUUCAAGAUGUUUUGAAUUUAAAAAAUUCAAAUGAUAAAAAUAAUAAUGAUAAUAAUAAUAAUAAUAGUAGUAACAAUAAAUAUAGUAAAGUUAAUGGAAAUAGAUCUCGACGCGGUAAAUUGAAUGGUUUUACUUCAAUGAUAAGAGAUAAUUAUCGACCGCGAAACAGACGGAAAAAGAACCGAAAUAAUAAUUAAAAUUUUUCCUUAUAAAUAAAAUAUUAUUAUUUUAAAUUAAAUACUCAAUACGAUAGGCCGUAAAAGUGCCAUAUUUAAAAUUUAUCUGUAAUUAAAACUGAGAUUAAAUAUUUUAUUACUUAAAAACAAAAAAAAAUAAUUGACCCGAAAAAUGAAUAGAAUUUUUUUUACGUUAGAAUUUAAAAUAAUUAAUUCUUUUAAAUUGUAGAUGUUAUUUAUUCCAUUAUUAUAAUGUCGGAAUUUUUUUUUAUUUGAAAAUUUUUUCCGGACGUAUAAAAUAUAUUUAAUUAUAGUGGAAAUAGUUAUAAAAAAAAUAAUUUAUAUUUUAUGAAUAUAAUUAUUACCAUUAGAAUUAUGGGACGUGAAAAAAUAAAAAAGGUAUUAAAUUAUUAAAAGAGGUUAAUAAUAAUCACUGCCUAUAUUUCACGCCGAUUAUUAUCCCUGAUUAGAAAAUACGAUUAAUGACGAUUAAUAAUGUUUUAAUCGUUUUAAAUCGUCAUGAAUCGUCAAUUGAUGAUUAAAGAGGAUUGAAAACGAUGGAUCGAAAUUUUGAUUCGUUUCAAAUCGUCAUAAAUCGAUUUUAAUCUUUAUGUAGGACCAGAAAUUUAAAUAUUAUCCCGAGUCAAAAUUAAAAAAGUAGUUUGAACCUCAAAAGCCUCAGUUCUUUUGAUGUUGCCGGUAAAUGUAACAUGUUAUUUAAGUCCUCGAUACCCUAAAAAGAGCGUAUGAAGGAGUAAAUCACCUUUUUAAAAUAGUAUUUUAACCCUCCAUGGCCUACCUUAUAUUUUAAAAUGCUAUUCAAAUCCUCAAUGCCCUAAACGAAGCACAUGAAGGACUAAAUCACCUUUUUAAAAAGAUGUUUUAACCCUCCAAGGCCUACCAUGCUUUUAAUCUGUAACUUUGAAUGAGCUCAAUUCUUUAGCAUGAUAUGAUAGUUACACUGAAAGAAAAUUUCUUUAAAAAUUACCGUUAUAUUCACGGUAAUCGUGAAACGAAUGGCACGACCUAAUCAUUUGUCAGUAAGUGAGAUAAUUUUUAACUUUUUUUCAACAAAUUUUAUGAAGUCUACCACAAAAUAAAUAAAUUUUUUCGUAAUUUUUAAUUCAAAAAUGGUAAUAAAUAAAAGCGCCGCAUUAUGUCCCACGAUUACAGUGAAUUCAACGGUAAUUUUUAAAGAAAAUUUCUUUUCGUGUACAAUAAUAGCUGCGUUCUAAGUAGAUAAAGAUAUUUCCAACUAAUUGUGAGCGUCCGAGUAGCAGUGCGGCAGUGGUUAUGCUCCAUACUCGUUAGGUUUUGGUUUCGAAUCCCGGCGGCAGCAGAUUAUUUCAGCAGUUUUUUUUCAAAUUAUUUGGCAGUUCCCGUUUUCCUAUACAUCGUUUGCAUUUACGUUCACAUAAGAUAAUUAAUUAUCAUAUACUAAUAAGUCAAAGGUUCUAAUUAUUCAAUUCGAAUUUCGAAUGACUUAGUACCAUUCUAUUCGAACGUUUACUCGUAUAACUGUCGCUAUUAUUAUUAAUAUUUGAGAUUUCUCUAAUUUUAUUUUACAACAAAACAUUUAUUACUAAAAAAGUAUUUGUGGAAUUUUGAAAUUUCAAAUUUUCUUCGAUCAUGGCGGCCAUUACUAAUGAGUGGCCCCUUUUCCCUUUUGUUUCUUUACCAAUUGUACGCAAUCCGAUGAGAGUCUUUCUCGAUCCAUUAAUUUAGGCCCUGGAGGCUUACUUCACCUUUUUAAAAAGAUGAUUUGAACCUAUGCGUGGUAAAAGUGGACGAAGUUACCACGUUUAGGUUCAAAUCACCUUCUUUAUGUAUGGAUCUUCGUAUUCUAAAAUGAUAAUUUGAACCUCCUUACCCUCGUGUAGGAUUUGGAGGCUCAAAUUACCUUUUUAAUUUUGACUCGGGAUUUUGCGAUUAAAGACGAUUAAAAAUUUCAAAUCGUCAUGAAUCGUCUUGAAUCGUAAAAUAAUAUUACAAUUUCUGGUCCAGUAUGGAGAUUAAAAACGAUUAAUGACGAUUUGAACUUUUUAAUCGUCAUGAAUCGUUUUUAAUCGUAAAAUAACAAAUCGUCUCCUGACGAUUAGAGACGAUUAAAUGUAAAAAACCAUGAUGAUUAUUAGUAUUAAAGAUGAUUAAUGAUGAUUAAAUUUUUAAUCGUCACAAAUAGUAUUUUCUAAUCAGGGAUUUUAUCAUCAAAGAUAAAGUAUGAAAUUUAAAAAAAUUCUUAAAUAAUAAUUAUGGUAAAAUAAUAGAACUUAAUUAAUUAAAAAUGUUUAAUGUAGAUUUCUCCUGUAAAUAGAUAGUAAUGAGUUAAUGAGUAGUUCAUCUAUGCCGUACUAUUUUAUAAUAAAAAAAAAAAAAAAUUAAAUGUAUGACGACAGUAAUUAAAAAAAAAAUAAACGAGUAAAAAUUGAAUUUGAAUUAAAAUGAAAAUAUACAUAUAUUUAUAUAUAUAUAUAAAUCAUGUGUAAAAGUAAAUUUAUUGAAUUAAUAAAUAAAAAAAUAAUUUUAA